AUGUCAGCUUCCGAGCCUUCCAUGGUCUUCGUGACUGGCACGACGGGGCUCCUUGGGAAAGUCGUCCUCGAAGAACUCAUUCGACACUUCGAAGAAUGUCGUCUACGGAAGGUCAUUGUUCUCCUUCGCCCAUCAAACAACCACUGUGCCCAAGAGCGAUUCUUUUCCGAAGUUGUCGCAUCCCCUUGCUUCAGCGUGCUUCGCCCGCAGUGGCAUGAGAAGAUUGAGGUUGUUCAGGGUGAUUUGACGCAAAUGAACUGUGGCCUACAUGCGCAAACGAGGCUACGAAUAUUUUCAGAAAUCACGCAUAUCAUCAAUUGCGCAGCUGCUGUAGCUUUUGAUCUCCCUCUCAUUGAUGCAACCAUUGCGAACGUUGGCAGUGCAAUGAACAUGCUCCGCUUUGCGACUGAAUGUCCCAAGUUGCAAGCAAUAGUCACAACCUCGACGAGCUAUGUUGCCCCCUUCACCGAUUUACCCAUCCCGCCAACUGUUGUCCCUCUUCCAUACCCAACUCCCGACCUGUAUCAUAAUAUUAUACAUGGUCGGGUCGAUGAGGCUACACUUUUAAGGGAAACCGGUCAUCCAAACACCUACACCCUCACAAAGUGUUUAGCUGAGCAUGUCUACCUGGCUUACAAAGACAUGUUUCCUAUCAAGAUUGUCCGCCCUAGCAUCAUCUCCUGUGCUUGGAAAUAUCCGAUCCCCGGCUGGAUUGAUAGCAAGGCAGCAGUUGCGGGCUUUGUAACUCUGAUUGGCGUAGGCUACCUUAAAGUUAUUGAUGCUAGAGAAGAGGCCAUUCUGGAUGUCGUACCUGUCGAUGCGGUUGCGAAUGAUAUCUUACGCGAGGCACGUCUCGUAUCAGGUGCUCCUUGCGCAUGGACUGGUAGUAGCAGCAGUGGUACAAUGGAGUCAUGGAACAACAUAUCAAUCAUUCAUUCUGUUGCUGGCGUCAAGCGAGGCUUACCGAUCAGAGUACUGGCAUCCACAGCAGUCCGGUAUUUCAAAGAUGUCCGCCCGAGUCAAGCAGCGAGCAAUUUUCGAAAGCCGAGGCUGAAUUACCUGGGGCCGCGCAACAUGACUUUCCAUAUGUACGACAUCAGUACCCAGCGCCUUCCAUUAUUUCUUGCCGCCUUUUAUUUCGAUCUCACACGCAAACCUAAGAUGGCGCGAAAGAUGCGUGUGUUGUCUAAGGUGUUGAAGAAGAUCAAUGAGGUCUUUCCGUACUACACCAAGCGAACAUUUGAUUUUGAACCCGGGGUCGGGACCCUAGACGUCAAUGCAUCAGUGGGAGGGUCGGAAAAGGAGGAUCGGUUCACACCAGAAAGAUAUGCAGAACUAAUCUGUGAAGGAGUGGGGAGAAAUUUGUUGAAGAUAUGA